GUUUUUUCACUUCAUCCAUUCCAUCCUCUGGUUUUUGUAAAAAUGGUGGCUCAAGCUCUCCGGACUCUCCUCCUCCUCUCUACCGCACUUCUUCUCAGCCCAUAUUUCACCAAUGCAGCCACUGAGACGGGGAAAGCCCUGAUAACCAAAACCUGCAACAGAACUUAUUAUCCGACGGACUGCAUUAAAACUUUGGAAUCGGACCCUCAGAGCUCGAAUGCCGAUCUGCCAACCCUAGUCAAGAUCUCCAUGCACGUGUCUUCUUCCGAAGUUAAAAAGGGCUAUGAGGAGGUUAGAGGGUGGAUCGGAAAAGCUCCAGACUACGAAAGCUGGAGUAUGUACCGAACGUGUACGGAUUUCUACAACGAAAGCAUCGCCAAUAUUAAUGUGGGUCUCCAGUUUCUCGAUAGGAAGGAAUACAAGGAUGCAUUCUCCAAAGUUGUUACUGUUAACGAGGCUAUCAUCUCCUGCAACAACUUCAACAGGGAGCCGAUUUCGCAGGUAAAUGGUGCUAUGAUUAGAUUAACCAACAAUACGGGCACCAUUUUGAGCCUUCUUUUCUAAGUUUAUAAAAUGGGAUCAUUAGUCAGUUUCAUGGUGCUGAUGUAUCUUUUUCUUUUCAAUAAAAGUGAGGAAUAAUG